GAUGAACACAUUUCUACUUUUACUGGCAUUUUUUGCGUUCUGCCGAUGUUACUGUCGUGGAGAGAUCACGCAAAUGAGGAAUCUUUCCAGCUGGACUUCGUGUUCUUCACAGUGUUGGUGCGCGCACGAUGACAAGAAUCGUGUCUAUGGAAGAUGUGUCGUGAACAAACUGGAGGAGCCGGUAGAAUUCAACUCUUCCAGGCAACUCCACUUUUUGUCCUUUGCUGAUAAUGGAAUCAGAGUAAUACCAAGGGAAAUCUUUACAAACCUUCACAACCUCGAGUUUCUAUCUUUGUCAAACAACAGCAUUGAAAUCAUCAACGAACAUGCAUUCAAAGGCUUGACUAAUCUGCGUAUCUUAGAUCUCCAAAACAACAAUCUGAAGGAAUGGAACGGGGAUCCCACAGGAGACAUGCCAUUUCUUGAAGUUCUCAAAAUUAACGGCAACGAGGGCUGGAUACCCAAUCAGCAUAUCCUUCACAUGCCCGAACUCAAAGAGAUUCUUGGGGUUACGUGGAGCUCGCACUGCUCUGCCUGCGACCUCCUUAAGAUUCCCGGAAAUGAAACAAUGUCAGGAGAUGAGGAAAUGGGAGAUUACGAGGAAUUCAGUGGAAAUGGCUUGAGUGGGGAAGGAGAGAUAAGCGAGAUGAAGUGUCACGUAACUCUCGAGGAGUUUUACUACUACCCUAAGGCAGUAAAUUAUGGAGUUUCUGCGCAAUUUGUGAGACAAGGCUUCUCGCCACAAUGCUUCUGUGACUUCAGCUCGGAUUGCUACCACCGCGAUGUCGUUGUACCGUAUUUAACAAAGUUGUACGACUUUCCUCGAAAACUGUUCCUUUCACAGUAUGCCUUAGGAGGAUUGAUUGUUGUUCUCAACAUGUCUGUUCUCAUUGUGAUUAUGACGUCAAGACUGUUAAGGAAUAACAUUUCAUUCGUCUUGGUUGGCAGUAUGGCGUUAAGCGAUAUUCUGAUUGGUGUUCACAGCGUGAUGAUCGCCAAAUACAACAUAUUCAGUGACUCAAACGUUAAGCCGCGAGUUGUUAUGGAAACGGACACCUCCACCUGCACAUACAUGGGCAUGGUAUUCACUAUAGGCCAGGUUACAGCUGUAUUCACCUCUCUCAUGCUAACUGUAGAAAGAUAUCUUGUCAUAGUGUACUUCCAGAGAUGCAGAGGCAAGGUUAAAACCAGAACUUUGCUCACCAUUUUAAUUCUUGUGUGGACAGGAGCGAUCACCUUUGCGAGCUUGCCUUUGUUUGGCGUAAGAAAGCUGGAAUAUCACAGAUGGUUCCAGUGCACGAUGCCCUUCCAUACAGGAAAACAUCUGUUACAAACAUCUAACAUAACUUUAAGCAUCUCGGCCAUAUUUGUACUUCUUUACCUUAUCAGUCUGGGACUUUACAUUUUGAUAUUCUGCUAUGCAAGGAGAUCCAGCAUGCAGUUCGGCAUUAAACGUGAAGCGAGACUAGCGAGGAAAAUAGCAGUGCUGGUGUCAUCAAAUUUUAUCCUAUUCACUUUACCAACUGUUCUACUGCUAGUCUACGUAUAUUCCUUCUCUGAAAUUCUUGACGCUGCCGAGUCAUUCCCGAGCAUGCGUUCUUUAUUCAUUAUUGGUGGUUGGCUUCCAGUCACCUGUUUUAACCUGAAUUCGCUGGCGAACCCGUUUCUCUAUCCAUUCAGACACCGUCGAUUCAAGAAAGAAAUACGUUCGAUACCCCGCAGGUUACGCAACAGUGUCAGUCAUUCGUUUUACCCAGUGUUCGCCACGGCACAGCACUUCAGCUUGCGCACAUCUGCAAUUAGCCACCAGUUGCGUCAGCAGUUCCAUUCCUUCGCGCCUCGAAGGAAGGGUGAGAACUCACUACACGUUGAUGCAGAUGUUAGACAUGGUCGUGGACGAACUGCAACAGUGUAAGACUUUUGUGCCACUCAAUGUGAGUUUACUUCGAAGCCAUGGUACAUCGCCGCAAAUUAAAUUAUCAUGCGGCCCGACAUCAGCAAUGCAGCUUUAGGAUUUGUACCCAUAAGGGACAUACCAAAUAUUGUUGCGACCUUUUUUGCAUUUAUGGAAUUAUAAAAAGACUUUAAAAAAAAUCAGUUGGCAGAUACGCCCUAGCACGCGUGCAAUUAAGGACUUUCGUGAAAGCCGUCAAAACAUACAUCUUUACGAAAAAAAAAGGAAAAACACAGCUAUAGAGAUACUAUCAUCGAACAAUCUCUAAGACUAUGACCACGAUAAAAGCUCAAGUCGAAGUGGGAGCGCAAAAUCUAGCGUAUACGAACUCAAUCGUAAGGACAGACCUCCAGUCAUUGUGUGCGAGAUCAAAAGCACUUCUUAGUUCCAUUAAUUUGUCACGCAGGACAUUCCGCAUAUGACAUUCUUCGUCGUUCGAGGAUCGUUUCCAAGCUUCAUGUGUUCCUCGUGCAACAUAACAAUCUUGUUCUUCCACUUAAGGCUAAGAUCAUUAUGUCGCUAGUGGCCGGAUCAAAGCAUUAAAGAACCUCUAAAAGGAUAGGCGCAACGGUCACACGGUAAAAUCGACAGGGAAAAUGUCUCAGUAAGGUCCAGUUCAAACGUCGAACUUCACUUGAGAAGUCCAGUGAGAGAAUUAAGUUCAAGUUGAGUUUGAUUUUUAAAUCGGUUGAGUUCGUCCAACUGAAUUUGGAUCGACCAACACGU